UGGCGUUAAUGUGAGGCUCACCCAAUAUUUAGCAUUUGUUUGAAAGCGUAGCUUUUCCUUUCCUUACCUCGUUACAAAGUAAUAUGCAUAGAUAUCAAAUUUUUAUCAGAUGUUCUUGUUUUUAGAACGGUUAUUUCGGAAUAUCAGAGUGAUUAUUUGGGGAGAUUUUCCUUAACGAAUUUAGUAGGAAAACAUGCACGUUACCUCUGUAACCAUAAUAUCAAUAUUAUACUUUGUGUGUUAAGAGUCUUGGUUAUAGGAGUGGUAUUUUAGAGUUACGAUGACAAGGAGUUGAUAUUUUUCUCAUAAUGUUAUAUUUUAUUGCUUUUUUGGUUAGUAUGAACUUCUGUGUUCUAAGUGAUUAUUGAUAUUAUCUUUGUUUUAUAGUAAUGAAAUACGUUAAUAUGUUUGAAAGUUUGCAGUCAUCCACCUGCAUAGGCUUAAACUAUGCUUAAUAUAGUGUGCAGAGUAGUUUUGUAAUAAUUUUUCAAACGAGUGCUACAUUAAUAAUGCCCAUAUUAUUUUGCUAUCGGAAACUGAAGAAUAAAACUGGAAGACAGUCGUAAAACAUCUAAUCCAUCCACAUAUAUUGCAUGUUCUUCUGGAGUACAUCCUUAUAAUAAAUGCAGCAGUUGUUGUAGCUGUCCAUUUUAUACUGAAUCUGUACUCAUUGAUGCAAUAGGACUUGGAUGUAUCUACAGGGUUGGAAUUUCUUGAUUAUUGAUCUCUGUAUAAUCCUUGUUAUAGGUAUUAACUUCACUGUGAGAAGGAUAGCGAAAGAAUAAUGUCUGCAUCUGAUACAGAAGCAAACUUAGUGAAUGCAAAAGAAACAAGUAAUAGCGAAAUCGUGGAAGAGGAUGGUGGAAUUAGUAGUCCUGGGGAAUACAUUGAUAGCCCUGAAGCAGGUCCUGCAUGUGAAUCCGAAAAUACUGAAGUUUGUGAUGAUUCUGAAAUUCCGGAUCAAGUUAAAUCUCAUGAAGGUAUGGAAGGAGAGUUGGAUUUUGAAGAAGAAGAAGAUAUAAAGCCAACUUUGUGUGUAUCCGAAACUGAAUGUGGUGAAAAAGAAGAGACAGAUUCACAUGCUCCAAAAGAUGUUCUUACACAAGAAACACCAUGUAUUGAUGAAGAUGGUCAGCUUAGUCCAUCUCUUGAAACGAAAGAGGGAAAGACUGCAGUAUUAGCUGGCAAGAAGGUUUAUUUAUUUAAUACUUUAGAGUAUAAUUUUAGAGCAGUCACAUAUUUAUUGUGAAAUGCAUUUAUAUAC